ACAGACAACAGUGGCUGAUGUAAGUCAAUGUAUUGGCCGGUGCAAUGUUGGACUUACAUACUCCAUUAAAACAUUUUUGUCACGUCCUUCUUUCUCAUUGGGUCGUGCAUGUUUCCGUCCGCUGGCGCGCGCUCAUAGGCUACUGCGCAGUGGUGGCGAAGUUAUAAGACCAGGUAUCAGCAUCCUCGCGGUUCAGUACCAGUUUCAUUAACACCGUUUCAUAUUUGUAUUUGAAUUGAGAACACGUAUUUUCCACGACUCUCACGGAUAGCGAAGCUGUAGGCUACUACUGGUGACUGGACUUCUUCAUAUUCAGUGACAUCGUUGCUCUCAACCUGUUGAUGUACCAGCAGUGGAGCUGCACUGCACUCGCUUGAGAGAGUGUCCAGUACAGGCUCCACUCAACAGAAUGGCCCUCAUCAGCAGGACUCUGCUUCUUGCUAGGGGAUUGCUGCUGAGCCUCUUGGCGCUUUGUGACUGCACGCAAACACCCGAGCCAUCAUUCCUGGUGAUAUAUCCUGUCCUCAUAACAUCAGAGUCCGAAGCCAAACUCUGUGCCACUGUACUGAGUCCCAAUGAGACUCUGGUCAUGUCUGUCUAUGUGAGUGAAGGAUACUUUCUGGACGCUAAAGGCGAGAAAAAGCUUCUGGUCCAGGAGACAACAGACAAGGACUUUCACCGCUGUUUGACUUUUCAGGCACCGUCAGUAGGAGAAAACCCUAGGAAGAUCAUCACCGUGGAGAUGAAAGGCCAGACUACUCUCUGGACGGACAAGAAAUACAUCAAGUUCCGCCCAAAACCUGCUCCCAUCACUUUCGUCCAGACGGACAAGCCUUUUUAUAGCCCCGGCCAGACAGUGUAUUUCAGACUGGUCACCAUGGACACCAACUUCAUUCCUCUCAGUGAGACGUACAACCUAAUCACUCUGGUGGAUAGCCGCCAGAACACCAUUGGACAUUGGCACAACUUGACAUCAGAGACCAAGAUAGUGCAGCUCUCCUAUGGCUUAACCCCAGAGGCUGCAGAAGGAAUUUACACCCUCAACGUAGCCUGUCAACAUGGCAAAAAAUCACUUACAUUUGAAGUCAAACAGUAUGUACUCCCCAAGUUUGAAGUUUUUGCGAUUGCCCCAGAAACGGUCUGUGUUGACGCGGAGGAAUUGACACUGAAAAUGUGUGCCAAGUCCACAUUUGGACAGCCUGUGGCAGGAACAGUUUCCAUGUCAUUGUGUUGGAAACCCACCUGGCACACUCCUGCGCAGCCUUGCUCUGUGGUGGCGCUAGAGAUGGAUGCAACUGGCUGUGCCUCUCAUGCCUUCAAGUUGGCGCCGUUAAAAGUCAGCGAAGCCGUAGAGGGGCAUCAACAUGAGUUGACAUUCAAUGCCACUGUGACUGAGGAGGGCACUGGUAUCUCUGCGGCGGACAGCAAGAAUAUUAAUUUGGACCACAAACUUGGGACACUCACAUUUAUUGAUACGCCAAAUGUUAUUGAGAAGGGAGCAGUUUUGGAGGGAAAGAUCAAAUUCACCCGUUACGAUGGCACCGCCAUUGCUUUCCGAACUGUGUAUCUGUUUGACAAUUCACAACGACGGAGGUUCAGAGAAAUCCAGACCCUCACCACAGACUCUGAUGGAGUGGCCCAGUACUCUCUCAACACUGCUACUUUCUGUGGAGACUUUAUAGUCAUGGCAAGAGGGGAAGUUGAUCCAAACCUGUACCUCCAUCGAUAUUAUAAAUCUGCAGCCAGGUUUGUGACCAUACAAAGGCCAGAAACCAGCUCUCUGGUCAUUGAUCCUGUCAGGGACCCUCUCCCCUGUGACACGGAGACCCCCAUCACCAUCACAUACACCUUCGCUGGGGAGACCUUCAACAUUGACUUUCUGGACAUCGUGUUUGUGGUUUUCGCUAAAGGAGAGAUUGUCCAGAAUGGCGUCAUGCAGGUUCCAGUGAGCAAUGGGCAGCAGGUCAUCAAGGGGAAAGGGUCCUUAAAGUUAUCGGUGCAGCCAGAGAUGGCGCCCUCUGUGCAGGUGUUGGUGUACUGCGUCUUACCCAGCAACAAGACACUCAUGGCUGACAGCAGAGAGCUCUCCACUGAGAAGUGCUUCAGAAACAAGGUGUCUGUGCAGCUCUCGUCCCCUACGGCCGUCCCAGGGGAGAGGAGCUCUCUGCAGCUGUCUGCCCAGCCGGGCUCUCUGUGUGGCCUCAGCACUGUAGACCAGAGCGCCUUCAUCCUGGCUCCCGGGAAACAGCAGGAUGCUCACAAGGUGUUUUCCUUAUUACCGGCGUUGGAGUCCAAAAUUGAUCGUGAUGUUCGGGAUUCUGAUUGUUCAUGGCGAGUGGACCCCUUUGGCCCCACUGCAGUUUUUGAGAGAUUGGGACUGAAGGCCAUUACUAACAUGGCUGUAGAAGAAACCAUGUGCACAGACUUUGUUUGUGGUGAUGGCGCUUAUGACGAGUUUGAAGAUGAAGAUAAUGAUGAUGCAGAGGAUUGCCACAUGUAUGACCAUCCUGACCGCCGUACUGCUCUGUAUUAUGGUAUGCUACCUGCAGGUGACGGCCUUGAUGAAGCGAAGAAGGGGGCGGAGGAGGAGGAGGCGGAGGAUGAAUCGAAGGAUGCUGAUGAUGGACCUGAAGCAGCUGAUGCUGAAUCUGCUGGCGCGGCGGUCCGCACAGUCUUCCCUGAGACAUGGCUCUGGACACUGGAGGAGGUGGGGUGAGUGAAACAUGACUCUGGAGGAGGUGGGGUGAGUGAAACAUGGCUCUGGACCCUGGAGGAGGUGGGGUGAGUGAAACAUGGAUCCUGGAGGAGGUGGGGUGAGUGAAACAUGGAUCCUGGAGGAGGUGGGGUGAGUGAAACAUGGAUCCUGGAGGAGGUGGGGUGAGUGAAACAUGGCGCUUGACUCUAGAGGAGGUCGGGUGAGUGAAACAUGGACCCUGGAGGAGGUAGGGUGAGUGACACAUGGACCCUGGAGGAGGUGGGGUGAGUGAAACA